GAAGAACGGCAGCAGCCAGUGAGUGACAUUGACUCUGACUGGGCUGGCAGUACCUUAGGAGACCGGUCGCGAAAAAGUUUGUUAGCCCCGGCAUAGUACGCUCUCGUGCGACGUUCAACGACGUCUUCGCCAGCAUUCAACGGUUUAUUUUUCCUCGUUUUAUCUCUGCCAGGUUCGUUGUGCGUUUUUCUGGUCUUGGUUGAUGAGCCGAUGAAGCGCGGUAAAAUCUUUGGAAUGCGGUGGUUAGUGUACAUAUUUUUGGUGGAAGUGGUUGUCGCAGUUUCGAAAAAUGAUACUGAGGCUGAUGGCGAGGAAUCUAGAAAAAUUCUGGGAUCAAGUGUUGUCACUUCAGUCUCCGUUGUCAUGGAUAGUGGAAAUGGCAAGAAGACAGUAUAUACCGACGCAAUAGGAAAACCUCAUUCCAAACCAGCCAAUCCUUCAGAACUGGCUAGUCCCAUCGAGCUCCUUCAUCCAGAUCGAUACGAAUUCUACACAUUCGAUGACAAUGGUGACUUAGUAAAACGACUCAUGUCAUUAGACGAAAUCAAGAGCAUUAUAGCUACCGGAGACAGUGAUGCGUUUGAUUUAGACGCAUUUACUUCACAGGGCUUCGUUCCAGAGAAACGUGUAACCGACGUGGUUAAUAACGUCCAAAAUGUGUUAAAAGAAGAAAUGGAGAUUCUUAGAGACCCCAUAUCCAAACCUAUUUUUGACACUCCUGACGUAAGCGAUUCUUGGAGUAUGAUUUUGCCGGCGGUAUUUGGAAAUUCUGGUGAAGAUAUUAAGCCAGAAAAGCCCCUAACACAUGUUACUCCAGAUACAAUUAUGGUGGAACCAAACGGAGAAACUCUUACGACUCUGGGACUUCAAAGUAGCUCAACCACGCGACCAACUCAGAGUAGCAGUAUUUCGACUCAAAGCACCACUUUUAUCUCUAAACCAGUUUACUAUAGCAGCCAGUCAGUGUUGGGUCAAAAAUUACCGACAAGCACCGAGGCAAUGUUGAACGUCGAAAUAUUUUCUAACAGUGAACAAUCUACGGAAAAACCAUCAAUAACAACAGCUCACUUAAUGCAACCUGAUGUAACUCCUACAAGAGAAGCUGUUCAAGUAACCAACACAUUACCGUCUUUGAUUCGAACAACACCAUCCACAUUUACAUCAAACAUUACCAAUCAGUUCAACAAUAAUUCUGAGCCAGCAAUGUAUAAAACUACAAUCGAGAUGCUUUCUAGCACUAAGUCUCCUAGUAAUCCUUUAGCGGAUGACUUAAAAACUCAAUCAACAAACCAGAUAUCAAGUACAAGACCUCAAAGUGAAAGUACUUUUAGACCUACUCCAAUACCAAACAGCAGUACUAGUCAUAUGUUAGCCAGUACUACUAAUUCUAAAAUCAAAACGUCAUCUAUAACUCCGACAACUUUCAGACCUACAAGGCCAUUAGGAAUAUUUAGUUCUACAAAGUUUGCUGGUACCUUUAAUCAAGCGGCUUCUCAAAAGGCAACACCGACAACAACAAUGAAACCUGUAGUUACUGAAAAAACUACUAAGAAACCAAUUACCUCCAUGCCUACACAUUCAAGUCAAGAUUCAAGUACAAUAUCAUUGUUACCAUCAUCAACUAUAUCAAUAGCAUCUAAAACACCAUCUUUAAUGACAUCCACUGUUUCAAAACUAACAGUAAAGCCACAGUUAAAUAUAUCUACAACUAUAAGCAAUGUGAUGCAGAGUACUUCACCUUCAACAGCUUCCAAAUCCCAAUCGACUACUCCCAGCAGACCAUCUACUUUGGCUAUAAUUAUUACUAAAGCUACACAACGGCCCAAUAAUAGUUCUACGCUAUCCGGUAUAUCAAAUCAAGCUCCUCCAAACACUAGCACACCGAUUUAUUCAAUAGAAAAGAGCACAACUCCUAAUUUGGUUUCUUCAUCUAGUAUUCCAGCUGACUUAAAAAGUGAAGCUACUACGUUAAAAGAUAGUACGACUUCAGCUUUAAAUAAAUUUGAAUCUCCUGAAUUUAUUAACGAGUCUAGCACCUCAAGUACGAGUAAUAAAAAUGUUGUAUCUACAACUAAAAUUCCUUCGUUAUUGCAGUCACUGAGUAAUGAUCAGAAACUAUCCGCAUCUGAAUUAUUGGAUCAACUUUUAUUGACCACAAACAUCUAUGAGAUAAAUACUGAGUUGACAUCUCCAAAAGUUGAAAAUAUAGAUAAAUAUUUAGAGAUCGGCAUUGGAGAUAAUAACUCAACUGAGGAGGUGACGGAUAAUAAUGUAAUUGAAACAACAACUCUUCACGAUUCCCUCGUAUAUCCACCGACAACUGAUGCUACAAUAAUACAAAGCAUUGAACAAAUACUGUCACAAGCUGUUGAUAGUUUUGAGGAGCCUAUAAAUCAGCCUCUGCAAGAAGAAAAGGUACAACAAAUUAUUGAAAAUUCUGCUCAAAAGAAUAUGGAAGAAAAUAUUCAAAAUACUGCUACGGUAGGUUCAAUAUUGAUAGGAGAAAAAGGAACAGAAUCUGAGGCAGAUAUAACUUCUACAACAGAAAAUACUUUUACUGCUGAAAGUGAAACAUUAAGUAAUGAGAAGUUGAGUGAAUCGGUUGGUGCUUUGUUGUCACAGAUAUACAGUCCAACAAUUACCACGAUACUUGCUACAGAUAGACCCAGGGAAGAAAUUACUACCAGACAAAUUGAAUCUAUUAGCUCAUCUACAACACCUGUGUCUAUAUCUACAGAGAAAAUUAAUUCAUCAAGCGAAAAAAAUUCCCAAUCUAAUGAAAACGAAACAUCCGAAGAAAGUGCUAUUUAUUAUAUUAAAACCAAAGUUCCUAGUACUACGACUACAACAACAACAACAACAACAACAGAGAGACAGUUACCUCAUUUAAUUAAUAUAACAAUAAUCAGUUAUGAUUCUACGAAGAACAGGUCCAAACCAGCAAAAGCAGACUUAAGUUUGGAAGAGAAACUUAUUGCAGAAGAAAUGAAAAAUAUGUCUUUAUACUUCAAUCAUACCUUACAUGUAACUUCAAAUAACACCGAAAGUACAAAAGAAUCUGAAGCUCAAGUUACUUUUGUAAAUACAACUCCCACGAUUGAUGAACAAAGUACAACGACGGAGUUUGAUGUGGAAAGUACCACAGCUUUUGAAGAAAUAUUCGUACCUUUCAGUAGUACUAUAAAAAGACAGGAAAAUGAUAGAGUAAGUAGUACUGAAUCGUCUAAGUCACCUAUCACUACUACACAACGUGUAUCAUUGACUAGAAAACCUAUAAAGCCAUCAAUAGUUAUUACUAUUAAUGAAAACAGUACUUUUGUUACUGAUAACGGAAAAGUGGUAGCUAAUAAAACUAUUUCACCAUCUACAUCUGGUACAACUAUUUCAACAAGUCCUGUAGUUACUCCACCUCAAAAUCACACCUGGACUUUAGUGUCCACAGUCAAACCACAUCGUGAAAACAACCAAAACCUUCCAUCUUCAACUAUAUCUUACGCAGAUGCCAUAGAUCCACCUGCUCCGAUAGAUUUAGUACCAAAACCAAUGCAAGGGUUUGGCCUUGAUGAAAGUACAGCCAACUUAGACAAUGACGUCUUCCAGUUUGUGCAACUUUGUAACGAGUUGGCGUUUGGUUUUUGGAGAACUGUUACCUCAGGGCUGAGUUCAGCAAGAAGCGUCUUUGUCAGUCCAUUUGCGGCUACUUCUAUGCUGGCGAUGGUGUUUUUGGGUGCUAAAGGUGCAACCUCGGAAGAAAUGAACGAAAUACUGAAGUUAGACGAUAUGGUGACGUUCAAUCCUCAUCUUAUCUUCAAAAACGUGUCUGAAUCUCUUAUCAGCACCGAUGGGUAUUCUGGUGUGGCUACUGCUACUAUUAUAAGAGAGUUGUUCAGUGAUAAAAGUAAAGGAAGACUUUUAGAUUUUUACAAGAAUAGAGUGAAGGCGUUCUACGAUGGGUAUGUCGAAGAAGUGAGCUACAAAGAGAUUGGAGACGUAAUAAGGAGAAGAACGAAUCUUUUGGUAAAGAAGGAAACGAAUGGAAAGUAUCCUGAAUAUUUGAGAGAUAGCUCUAUAACGGUUAGGCCGCCUUUAAGUGGGGUUAGCGUUAAUAUUUUUGAGACUGAUUGUUCCCAAUCUUCGUACGAAGGUCGCGAUGGUGAGCUUCAUUUUGUCGUUUUACCAUCGAUCAGGCAAAGAAGACUGAUUCCCAUCCCGGCGGUGGUGUACAGGUCGGGUUUUUUGGCUGGAUACGAACCCAGUCUUGAUGCCACUGCGGUUUCACUGGGAAGCACUGAACAAACAAUAAGUACUAUCUUUGUUAUACCCGGUCAGCAAGGAAUAUCUGCACCUGGAGAUGGAUUAUCCAGAUUGGAGAAAAGACUAGUAGAGAGUUCCUUUAAAAAAGGUGCAUGGUCCAGAUUGCUACGUUCCCUGAUCCCACGACCAGGUUUGGGUCAAAUACCUCGUUUCUCCCACAAAUCGAUCAUCAACGCCACCUCAACGUUGAAGAAGAUGGGUCUACACGAGUUGUUCCAUCCAGAACAGGCGGAUCUGAGAGGCCUGAACGGCAUUCCCAACGAACUCCACCUAGCGGACAUUCUGCAAAUCAACAAUUUUGCUACUUGCGGGGACAGAAAAAUUCGCAGAGAGUCGCACCAUUCGGAGAUAUAUCCUGCAACAUCUUUGAAAGCUAGGAGAGCCAGGUAUCUCCAGAACGUACCUACAGACCUAGAAGAACAAGAACCAAGAGACUACCAAAGAGCUUUCCAUGAUCCAUUCUACGAUCCCACUCUUCUAGCUCUUCCAUUGUCCCAACGACCGAGACAGGCGAGAAUACCCGACGUUCCACGACUACGUUUCGACAGACCGUUUCUUUACUUCAUCAGGCACAAUCCUACGGGUUUGAUCUUGCACAUGGGCAGGUUUAAUCCAAGGUUGUUACCAUGAAAGUUGAGAACUGAACGGUUAUUCUAACUUAAUUAAAAUUACUAAACUAUAUGUUGUUAUGGGGGUAAUACAGGGUGUCCCAGGCUAAGCGUGCAGUAGAAGUUUCUAGUGAGAUU